ACCAUGUUUUCGUGUUGUCUCCCCGUGUCCCGAGGCCGAUGCCUCCAGAGAGGCAGCGAGGAGAGUGUGUUUAGUCGUGGCCGCCGCUGGAUCCGGACCCGGACUCAGCGCAAAGGACGCCUGUGGCCCUUUUCCCGGCGGCGGCGCUCAGAGAGCUCAACCCGGGCCAAGGAGAGGCCAAAGCAGGUCAAGGAGGAGCCGCAGCUGGUCCAUGAAGACCCCCGCCCCACGCCCAGCAGGGAGGGGCCGGUGAGCCACACCACUGAGGGCCAGCGCAGGCCUGCAGUGCGUGUGGCCGCCUGGGGGUCUGGGGAACCAGGGCCCAUGGGUGCAGGGAGAAGGACUCCUCCACCCGAGCCACACAGGCCCCACCAGCCUCCAACCUCGAAGCCGCUCAGUCCCAAUAGGCCGAUGGCACUUUUCAUCUCGGGGCUGCAGUGCUGUGCCUGCGGAAAUCGCACCAGGCCAGAAGACCUGGAGCCCAAGGAGGCAGAGCCCAAGGCACCAGCUCAGGGGGCAGACACGGCUCCUCCUGUAACAUCCAAAGUCCACCCUGAGGAGCUGGAGGCAGAGCUGGAGGCAUGUGCACCUCCAGAGCCUGUGCCACCUCCAGCAGCCUCUCCAGCUGCAGCUGUGGAGCCAGGGCCGGCCCCAGACACAACUGAGGCCCCACCAGCGCUGGAAGAAGAAUCCUGCCCAGGACCCUUGCUGGUUCCUGCCUCAGAGGAGGAGCUGCCUGUGGAGGAACCUAAAAGUGAAUUUUCACUGCUGAUCUUCAACUUUUCUAGAGACAAUCUGAUUCAUAUAUCAAGUGAUAAACAUGCCUACAACCAACAGACAUGGUUUUCUGAUAAAGUUAUUCACUCAAAUAUGACAGAGAUGAGAAAUGUUUCCCAUCAGAACAAAACAAAGUUAUAG